UUGUGAAAGUGAAAAUGAGGCAAUGUCCAACCACAUCAUGACAUUUGUAAAAGGUUGGAACACAAAUGUCCAAGAAAAGGUCAUUCAGUGUGACUAAAAAGAUACUAUACCACCAAAAGACAAGAAGGUGUCCUGCAACAAAAAGACAAGCUGCAAGACCAGAAAAGAAAGAGAGUAGUCUAUGAAAGAAAGAAGGAGGAAUGUUAUAUCAGCGUACUCGUCGGGAACUGGUGGCGCUUGGAUAUUUGGUGCUCUGUCCGCCGGUCUGUCACCUAGAAAGACGUUACUUGUGAUGACUAUCAUACCUGCCCUCAUGUUUAUCAGCUUCUUUAUUGUGAUAAAGAAACCUAGACAGUUCUAUCAAAAAGAAUACAUUGUCAAAUACAGUGAGGACACCAGUAGUCUGCUGAAAGAACCAGAAGAUGCAGAUGAUAAAAUAAAAGGAAGAUUAACAUUGAGAGAAAAAUUACUCCUUUUAAAACCACUGAUGAAAUACAUGAUACCUCUGUGUGUAGUGUACAUCGCUGAAUACUUUAUCAAUCAAGGAUUAUAUGAACUUCUGUAUUUUAAUCACAUUUGGCUCUCGGAGAAAGAACAGUAUAGAUGGUAUCAAGUGGACUACCAGUUAGGCGUGUUCAUCUCCAGGUCAUCUGUCAAUGUGUUCAAAAUCAACAAACUGUGGACUCUUCCAGUGUUACAGUGUGUUAAUGUUGCAAUACUCACAGCCCAAGUCUUUCUGCGGUUCAUCCCCAAUAUCUGGAUCAUCUUCGCCCUUGUCCUGUUUGAGGGACUUUUGGGGGGAGCCGCCUUUGUCAAUACGUUCUACAAGAUCUCAGAGGAUAUUGAGGCAGAAUUCAAGGAAUUUAGCCUGGCAGCUGCUACUAUUGCUGACUCCGUGGGAAUUUCUAUCGCUGGUGCGAUCUCUAUUCCAGUUCACAACCAUAUAUGUUCACUCAAUCUGAAAAUGUGAAUGUCUCCUGUAUAUUGUAUAAAAAUGAUGACUGUAUGGACAUUCUCCAACACUUUGUUAGUGCUAACCAUAAUUAAUUUCUAUAUACUUAAAAGACAACAAGUAUUUUAAUUUGAUGGCAUAUAAUUUUGUUGGAAUGUCAUGAUAAGUCUGCCCUUCUUUCCUCCCUUCUAUACCAUGAAAGGGAUACUACAUGCACAAAUACAUGCUGGAAUUUUAAAUCUUUUAGAAAUAGUCUGUGAUGAAAUGUCAAUAUUUCUCUUAAAUAUCAAGGUUAAGUUGCUAUGAAUAUUCAAAGGCUUGUGUGUGUGUUGCUAAAAUGUAUAAAAUAAUUUUGAAUGAUGAUCAUUUGUUAAAUGGAUAUUUAAUUUUGAAAUAUUUAUGCAGCAUGUAAGUGUAUAAGCUCCAAAUGCAAAGUACAUAAUAUUUGACUAUAUUAAGAAAGAUAACUCUUUGCAGAAUAAAUGACUAAUUUAUAGAGAAUGUUUUAACAUUGAUAUGUGCAAUUAUCUGUGAAACAUAUCCAAC